GGCAUAGAGCAGCUGCACAUGGAUCUAAAUUGAGGGAAAGGCAGACUCCAUCUCAUGAAGGAACGACAAGAUACGAAAUGGGUAAAUUCUAGGUAUCACUCGAUUCCUUUCCUACAAACAGCAGAUUGAUUUCAAAUUAUCAUUGAAAGGAAAUCAUUUUGUUUCUAUGUUAUUGAUUGCAAUACUAUUCGUAUAUUUGAAACAAAAUAUGCAAUUUCAUCAUCUGUUGAGCUUGAUAUUGAAGGCAUCAUUUUGCUAAGGUACUCCAUGACCAAACUCAUAUCGGAUAACUGGUCUUGCAUCAAAUUUGAGCUGAAGAAUUCAUUUCAUUUAUUCUAUGAUGCUAAUUUCUUUGGUGGUUUCUUUCGCAUCAUUGAGAAGGGUGGUGAGAAUCUGUUUAUUCCUGAGGGAAGGAAUGGAAUAGGGAUUAAACUCUUUCUUUCAGGGAUUUGUAGAGCUCUUACAUUGUUGAAAAAAGGUGAAACCAAACAGCCUUUGCUAUUGAAUCAGGUUUCAAGAACGAAUACUAACUUUGAGUGGGAGCUUGUCAACUUUGAUAGGGACCUCCCUCAUAAUGAACUUUGUAUUUCUGGAUCCCUGUUACAAGCCGAUGUUGAACAAUCUGACCAAUCUCUCGUGAUUUCUUUGGAGGAUUUUCGGCGCAUACCUGACACUGACACCUCAUUCACACAUAUCAAGGAUUUCUUUCAAAUCACUAUGACACAAGACUCACUUUCUCAAUUUUUAAUCAAAGAGUUUGAAAGAAUCAUUGUCUCUUCUUUUGGCAAACCAACCGAGGAAGAGAAAGUUAAUGAUUGCACACCUACUUUGAGGAAUGUAUCUUCAGGUAAUCAAAUGGGACAUUUUGAGGAGAGGAUAGCUACGAGGCGAACCAUUCCAGAGGUUGACUAUUAUGCAAGUUAUCAACACUCUGAAGGCACUGAUGGUGAGGAAGCUUUCAGCGAUUCAUGCUCCAUGAGAAAUGAAUAUUUUGGUCAUACUCGACGGUAGCAGAUCUAUGGGACUCUGAUGGAAAUUGAGAAAUUUGCCACAAAGCUCUGUUGAGCACAAGAGAAAAACCUUCAUAUAAUUUGAACACUUAAAAGCAUAGGGAAAAUAAUCGGAUGCAUCAUAUGAGGACUAGAUCACAAACACGCGGCGCGAGAAACCUUGAUAUCUGAGGGGUUAUAUUGAGGGGCUUCUAUAAUGUACUGGGGGUUGGGCUAUUUACAUCCUUGUUAUUUUCUUUAUUUUCUUGUCUUGAACUUGUACUUUUUAUUUCUUUAAUAAAAUUUCUUUUUAACGGAAAAA